AUGAAAACAAAUGAAGAGAAAAUACAAUUUAAAAAUCAUUUUUUUAAAUUAGGCCAGGGUAGAAUUAUUUUGGUCGAUGAUUUACAAUUUUGGUCAAAAUUUUAUACAUUACCAGAGAACUCAAAUGAAGUAUAUGAAUUAAUUACAAAUAAUGAUAUUAAAACGAUACGAAAUCAAAACCUACCUAAUUUAAUUAAUCUCAUACGUAUUUUAAUAUUCAAAAUUAUUGAAAUUUCGGAGUUUGAAAAAUUGUCAAGUAUAGAUAUCUUUCACUUGCUUAACUGUAUUAGAUUUAUCAACAGAAUAUUACCUUUAAUUUAUGAGUUGGAUAAUUAUUUUAAUUGUAUUGAAUAUGAAAUAUUCUGGAGUGGUGAUUUUGACCCUGUCGAGUUUACAAAAAAUCAAGAAGAGAUUAAAAUUAUAACUGAUGAAAAGUUAGCUAUUAGGUUCUUAAACAGUUUGAUAAAUUUAUCUUUUACAAAAGGAUUUACUGUUGAGUCAAAACAAGUUGGUGGCAAGCAAUUGAGUGUUUGGGAGCCAGGAAUUGGUUCUUCGGGAAAAUCCACUAAAUCAAAUACUAUAAUCGAUUGCAAUAGAAUAGAAGUAUUAAGAUUAGUUAUUACUUUAUGUUGUUCACCUUCAUUUUAUGUCAAACCUACAAAUGUCGUAUCACAAGGUUCAAAAUUUUUAUCAAUUUUAGUUUCAAACAUUCCAAAAGUCGAGUUAUUAACCUUUUUCAGUUCAUUGAUAAAUACAGUUUGUAAAAAAGAAGAGUCAAAUCAAGUAAGAAACACGUUGAAGACAAGUUCAUUUCAAUUAUUGACUGCAAUGAUUGUUUAUCCAAUUCCUAUAAAUGAUGAAAUAAACUUUUUACUACAUGAAAAGCCAAAAAAUAUGAUUAGACUAUAUAUUGGUAAAAUUCACAAAGAUCAUGAGUUGAAGUUUUUAAGUAGUUCAUUGAUUGACAUUUUAAGAGCUCCAAUAUGGUCAGAAGAUGGAUUUAUGUCAAUGAUUACAAGCAAAAACAUGCCUGAUUCAUGGUCAUUAGAAUCUACAAUAUUAAUAUGGGAAUUAAUACAAUGUAAUAAGAAUUUCAGAGCAUUAAUCGAGACAAAGGAUUUAGAUGAGUUAAUGAUGAUACUAAUAUUUUACAUAAUUAACUAUUAUAACAGUAAUGAAUUCAAGAAUUUGAUUCGAAUAUGUUCAUACUUUUUAUUGUAUUUGACUACCAUCAACAUAGACAUAAUUUUUAAUCCAAUAGAUUUGGAAUUUUAUGAAUCAUUACCCAAUAAUUUGAAAUUAUCAAUUACACCAAUUACAACUAGAGAUUUUAUAAUAUGUCAUAUCACCAGAUUACUAAUUAAUUCAACAACAGCAGGACAAAACAACUAUUUAAGCAAACCGAUAUCUAAUUUGCUAUUGACUACGAUGGUGAAUAUACUUUAUAACAUUUUACCACCAGUUUCCACAGAAAUCAUCAAGUAUAAAUCAGAUAAAUCUAAAAAAUUACAAAAUUUUAAUCCAAACGGGGGUUUAUCUUAUCAAUCAUCAUCUUUACUUAUACAAUUAAUAUCAAAAUUUUCGUCAAAUCAAUUUUUAUUAGAGCAUCCAAUUCAUUUAGACCUUAUUGCAUUAUUAAUUAGAGCAAUAUGUACUACUGCGCUUAAAAAUCCUAAACCUUCAAGAAUGUUAUUAUUUUGCAUACUAAAAAAUGAAAAGAUAUUUGAUGAGUUAUGGAAUACUAUAUUUAGUUUUAAUUCAAUUUGUUUUAGAGGGAAUAAGUUAGCUAGAAUAGAAGAUAAUAUAGAAAUAGAAGUACCAUCAAAUUUGCAUGAAGGUCCACAACCAUUAACAGAUACAGAAUCGAUUGAAUCAUCCUUAAAACCCACACCACCAUCUGGUUUUUCAAUCAAAGCUCGAGAGAAAUAUAAAAAAGAUUUACCGUUACAAAAGUCGUGGAUGGGAAACGAGUCAUUAACUAUUAUCCUAACUAUCAUCAUGCCACAUUUAAAGUUAGUCCUUAAUGAAGUAUGGUCAGGUAUACAAGGCACCUCCGUUGAUAGUUUUGAAUUGAUACAAAAAAUCGAGCAAGCUGAUUUCAAAGAACUAAUACAGACUAGCAAAUCACAAAUUAAGCAUGAUUAUUUGCCAGAUACACCUUUUGAAAUGUUGAAGUUUAAUUGGAGCUCAUUAUCUUUAGGUUGGUACACUUCUUUAUUAUAUGGACAAAUCUAUAAUUCGAAUAAUAUAAAACAGAAUAAAGCAGUUAAGAAUUUAACUACUAUUUCAAAUUGGUUUAUGAAGAAUAAUGAAGCAGAUCAAAAUAGGAUAAAUGAGCGGGUAAAUAAUUCAUUAGUUAAUGUCAAUAUUUAUGAAUCUACAAAUAUUAAAUUGUUUAAUAUUGAAAAAAAAUCAGAAGGCUUUUUCAAUUUCAAUAAGGUAAACAACAACGUCAAUAAUCAAGCCGUCCCAUCAACACCAAAUAUAAAUGUCAUGACCAAAAGGAUUAAUGAUUUUAGAUUUAAUGGGAAACCCUCACCUGUUAUAACACCAAUUGAUGAAAAUAAUUCUUCAGAUACAGAUAGUUUAUAUUAUAAUAGAAGAGCUGGUAGAAAUUCAGUAACGAGUUUACAUUCAUUAAAUACAUUAAAUAGAACAAGGAGUAAUACUCCUAGAAAUUCAUUAAGUCAAUAA